CCUGCCGGUGCCGGGGACUGGUGGUGAGGAGCCGCUGCAGCGCGUCAGGACCGGACCGUGAACCCGGAGACGGUACACACUGAGGCGAAAAGGAGACACAGGAUGGAGCGGAUGUCUGAGGAGGCGCUGAGGCUCAACCUGCUGAAGCGAGGCCUGGAGUCACCUAGUGAGCGAGAGGAGGCGCUGGCCAAGCGCCUCAAAAUGGAGGGACACGAGGCCAUGGAGCGCCUCAAGAUGCUAGCACUACUUAAACGCAAGGACCUAGCUGACCUAGCAGCCCUGGAGGUUGCAGGGCCCCUGGGAGACGGGAAGGGGCCCGGAGCCAGCAGCCUCCACCACCAGAGCCUAAUGGGUGCUGCUUAUGAGGAGAAGCUGAAUGGGAGUAUGAGGCUGGGAGGCCAUGGCAGCCAUAUUGGAGCCAGUAAGAAUGGGAAGGAAAACAUCCUGGAUGAGCCGGUGGAUAUGAGCGCUGGAAGAAGAUGUGAUGCAGACCAUGACAGACGAACUCCCUCUCCGGACGUCAUCAUCCUGUCAGACAACGAGGCAUCCAGUCCCAGAACAACACCUCGCCCUGAGGAGCGCCUGCACCAGGCCAACUUGGACAUGUUCAAGGGGAAGACAGGAGAAGAGCGGCAGCAGAUGAUCAAAGCUCUGAGAGAGGAGCUGCGUCUGGAGGAGGCCCGCCUGGUCCUCCUCAAGAAGCUCCGACAGAGUCAGAUGCAGAAGGAGAAUGUGGUGCAGAAGGUUCCAGUGGUCCAGAACGCUGCAUCCUCUGUGCAGCCUCCUCCCAUGCACAGCUCUCCUGGUCUGGGGAAGCUGCCUGUGAGGCCGGGCCUGCACAACCCUGAGCCCCAGAACCUCCGCACUGCACAGGGUCAUACAGUCAUCAGGUCAGCAGCCAAUGCCAACCUGCCGCCCAUGCUGAUGUCCCAGCGAGUGAUAGCCCCCAACCCUGCCCAGCUGCAAGGCCAGAGGAUCUCUUCUAAGCCUGGGAUGUCUCGCUCCAGCUCAAGUAGCUUGGCCAAUGCAGUCAGCUACCAGCAGGCCAGCCAGCAGGUGGCAGCUUCCCAGCGCUCAGGCUCUAGUGCCAUGUACAUGAACCUGGCCCACAUGCAAGCAGCAGCAGCAGCAGGGGCUGGCGGGGUGGCCGGUGGCCUGGGCGGAGCCUCGGCUGUCAGCCCAUCCACCAUGUCCAGCUCGGCUGGCGGAGGGGUGAGCUCCAUGGCCGAUCAGGCCAGUAGCCAGGCGGCGGCCAAGCUGGCCCUUAGGAAGCAGCUGGAGAAAACCCUGCUGGAGAUCCCUCCACCCAAACCCCCCGCCCCACUCCUUCACUUCCUGCCCUCUGCCGCCAACAGCGAGUUCAUCUACAUGGUGGGCCUGGAGGAGGUGGUGCAGAGUGUGCUCGACAGUCAGGGUAAACUCAGAGGGACGCUGGCCCGCAUGGAGCCUUUCUUCUGUGCCCAAUGCAGAACCGACUUCACCCCCCACUGGAAGCAAGAGAAGAGCGGGCGAAUUCUCUGUGAGCAGUGCAUGACUUCCAAUCAGAAGAAGGCUCUGAAGGCGGAGCACACCAACAGGCUGAAGAACGCCUUUGUGAAGGCCCUGCAGCAGGAGCAGGAAAUUGAACAGAGGCUUCAGCAGCAGGCGGCCCUCUCUCCCAGCUCGGCUCCUACUGGCCCCAACGCCUCCAAGACUGACACCAUGAUUCGACAUCAUGCACUCCGCCAGGCUCCCCAGCCUCAGGCCUCCCUGCAGCGAGGUCUGUCCAACUCAGCGCGAGGUGUCCUGUCCAACUUCGCCCAGGCCUCCCAGCUGUCAGUGGCCAGCAGCCUCAUGGGAAUGACUAGUGCCAAGCACUGUGGCAGCGGUGGAGGCAGCAGCAGCAGUAGCAGCAAUAGACUGCAGCAUGACAGCCGUCGCCAGAUCUACAACAUCCCAGGGUUAAAUAUUGCCUAUCUGAACCCAGCGGCAGUUGGACCCCAUAAGAGCUCCAGCUUAGCAGACCGGCAGAGAGAGUACCUGUUGGACAUGAUCCCACCUCGAUCCAUAUCGCAGUCCAUCACCGGACAGAAAUGAGCCCCGCCCAGCUCUCCUGCCCUCUGAAGCCACCCCCCGCCCCAUCCUGCCCUCCUACCCCAUACUGAAGCACUCCUAGAUCGACCAACAUCCCCACCCCACCCCCACCCCACCCCCCAUCGCAUGCAGUGCCUGUCCGUGUGCCUACCUUAAACCAACCCAUGAAAACCCACGAAGUCGGACAAAGACACUAAACUGUCAGUGCAUCUCAAAUGUUGUUAUUAUAGUAAAAAUCUUCUUCGUCAGCGUUGUUUAACAAUUAUAAUUCCCAUUAUUAUCGCUGUUGGUAGCACUAUUAUUAUACCUGCAACUACCAUUUUUGCUUCAGUUACGAUUACUCAUUAUGCUUUUUUUCUUUUAUAAGUGUUUGGUCCGUUUUUGUUUCUCUGCUGUCUCUCCUUUACCUUGGGCAGUGACGGUGAGUCAUUGUAGGGCCACUUUAGGCCACGAUCAUAUAGGAUUUUUUUCUCCACUCAAUUAUAAAGCUUAGAUGUGACUAUUGCUAGUAACAGAUCAACAGGGUGCAUUCUGGUUGCUAUGCAACAUAAAGUUUAACAACUUUGAAGCUUUGUAAAAAGUGUUAGCUCGCUAACUUGGAGUAACAAAGUGGAAAAUACUCAAUAGGAACAAAAACAGGGGUGGGGGGGCAUGAAAAUGAAAUUGAGACCAGAGCACCCACAUUUGUGUUGUCUUGUCAAAAGGGCCAGUUUCAAGAGCUGUUUUCACACCAAUAUGCAGCUCCGACAACUUGGGUUUGGGGCAGCAUCACCAAUUUUGAGGAGACAUCCUGCUACCAUCAGAGCUAAUCAACCGACAUGACUAACAAAAGGUGCAUAUGUGUACAAAAGAGAAUCCUAUGUGAUCAGAUUUUGGAAAACCUUGUGCUUUUCUAGUCGGCUCCCACCAUUUCAAAAUCAAAGGUCAUCACCAGUUUCUUCAUUUCAGACGUCUGCCUCUCCUGCUACAGAUUUGAACACUUACCAGAUGGAUGUAACUGUUAACUACAAACUGUAGUUGUACUAAUCAGGACUAACAGACGAAACUACUGCACCUUCACUGGACCAACAGCCCAUAUAAACUUAAGCAAGGAGGGAGCUGACAGGCUGGAGGACAUCGUCUACAAACUCACCCUGUAUGAACGGGGGGAUGAUGGAGUCCACUCAGAGAGAAGCAAGUUGGUUUUCCCUCCUAUCUCACUACCUGCCACCGACCCCUCCAUGCCCCCCUAGAUACCUUUGGUUAUCCAGUAUGCACAGACUGAACCCUUUUUACCCAGCAGCUCCUCUUGGCAUCACAUGCUCUUUGAGAAAGUGAAAAGAACUCAAAUCUGAAGGUGGACGCACAUUUUCUGCAUCCAAACCACAGAUUCUGUACCUAAAAACCUAGAAAAAUCUGGGUUCCUUUUCUUGUUAUAUUUGGAUUUUUAGAUUGUUUUCUGAUUGUUGACCCCUCCCACCCAACCUUCCCUUCUUUUUUUUUAGUUUAUCUGUUAGUUUAUUUGUUAUUUUUUGCGGCGUCUCCUAAUGAAAUGGUGGCGUGCCUGAGAGGUAUUAGCCCCCGGAGACGAUAAUAAUCAACAUAGCUAAAAACAGAAACUAUUGAAAUAUCUGUAUGGAUAAUGUAUAGAUACCUAGCUUCAGAGGGAGAAAAAAAAGGAUGUGGAUUAUAUCUUUUAUGGGAGAGACAUGGAUCAAUCAUUGUGUGCAUGCUCUGCACACAAGUUGCCUCACUCCAGAGGAGCACUUUGCAUAUUUCCAAUUGGAAAAACAUUUUUUUUAAAAGGAGGAAAAGAAUGUUACAAUUGAGAGUGGCUAAGGUCUGGAUGCUGGCUGACAGCCCACCAGAGUGUUAGGGGAGAUGUCCUGAGUAUUGUGGAUUGCAUCAAGGUUUGUGUUUUAGGGAUGAUGAGUGGUUUGAUCCUAUUUUUACUUUGCCAGUGUUGAUCUCUGUUAAUGUUGGACCUCAAGUGUCGGUUUCCAAAUCCCUGGUGCCCAGUGUGCUGGGGUUAGAUGAUUACUAGAUAAGUAAAUGUACCAUCAUCAAAACCCAGCCGUAAAUUUAGCCUCCUUUUCAGUGCAGUGGGACACCAUCAGCUGUCCAAUUUGUCCAUAUGGAUCUUCCUUCUCAGAUAUUAGCUAGUUGUGUGCAGCCACAGCUCUUCCCUGAUCACAGCUACAGGAAACCUAAAAAUGAGAUUUGUUUUAAUUUGCACAUUUCAUUCAUUGAACCGUUCAAUCUGUUCCAUAAAUAUUUCAUUUAAGCCGGGCUCAGGCUGCAGGAGUGUAUGGCCGACUUAUCCCCUGAUUCACCUAGAGGAGAAAUCGGAUGUCAGGCCCAGAUUAUCUGGUAAUGUGAGACGUUUAAAUAUACAGUUCCCAACUUCAAUCAUGGCUGAUAUUAAGGAUUUAAAAUCAGGGUGAUGGUAGUUAUGAUUACGUCAGUACGCAGCUGCUGACAGUUUUCCCAAGCAACAGUAAACAUUCUAGCUCCAAACAUUAGUGAACACACUACUUUUGAUAUUAAAACUGACGUGAGGUGUUGCAUUCAUGCUCCCUCUGUCAUGAUAGUCUUUAUUAUAUUCUCUAUUAUGUGAUGCGCCAUUGUUUUCUAAUCUUGUAGCAUGUUUGAGAGUAGAGAAGAACAUCUGUGAAGUCUUAUUUGCAUGAUACAACCUGAUUUUAAAAUUGGUUUUGAACGAUUUUAAACUCCUCCAGUCUGAGCCCAGCUUUAGAGGCAGUUGUUUACUGGUUUACAGCUCAAACCUGCUAACAUCAGGCUACAUCUAGUUAACUUUAUAUAAAUACAUAUAGACACACACACGACCCCAAUGUGAAGUGUAAGAGCAACACUUAACUGGUUUCCUCAGGAGCGGUGGGCUCCAAAUGUUGUCGUAGCUCAGGCAUUUCAAGCAGUGUUCAGUCAAUGUGCAGUAUUACUCUCAGAACUUAAGUGACUCCUGACUGAAGGACACAGGCGCUGUAAUGAAGUCAGUUUGUGUUUGAGAUACAGGGUUCUGAACUGACCAACACAUUUCAGUCUGAGUGGGAAACCUCAGCUUACUAAGGAGCCGUAGCAAAUAGUCAACUGUCGUCUAUGAAAUCUCAUGUCGGAUUUGGAUAAAACACAACACCGAUCCAUGUUAAACAUCUUCCAGGCAGGAGCAUGUAAAUUGUUCAUAGAGAAUAUCUAGAUUGUUGUGUGGUGAAACAAAGUGGCACAGGUUCACCAUUGACAUGAGACCGACACUGUUGCAGAGGGUCGCAGGUGGCCAACACACAUUCUGGCAGCCAUGUUGGAUUCCUUCACUUCUUGGGCAACAGCUUGUUACAGCUUCUGACAAAAUGUUUAUGUCUCAGUUUCUGUGCAGUUAAUAUGUGUGAAUGAAACAGUCAUGUUUACGUUGUGUUUGGAUUUCUGAUCACGUUUGGGUUACAUCACACUCAGUUCAUUCUGGACUCACACUCUUAAACUUUGAAUCCUCUACACAACGUCGCAGACACUCACGUUCCAAAAUUUCACUUUUGUCAGGUGCUUUGGUUUACAUCCAAAUAUCUGCAAGACUAAUGACAUUCUCAUCAGCUUCAGCUGUACUUUGUGUUAAGUUUUAAUUCACAAAUGGUAGCACGCUAACACGGUAAACAUUAUACCUGCUACCUACCUUGUUAACAUUCAUUUUGAGCAUGUUCACAUCCUGACAUUGGCGUUAAGCUCAAUGUACUGCUAUGCUAAGUAAAGCCACACAGCUGGUGUGGCUGUAGUCUCUUAUUCUUGUUAAAGCUCCUUCUGCUGAAUGGCAAGCAAUGCAAAAAUGUAAGAUAAAGCUAAAUAGCAAGAGAAGCUACAGUGGCACUUAAAAACCUUUUCUAAAGUUUUUUUUUUAGAAGUAGCUAAUAAGUUUAAGCUUCUUGCUAAAAACAAACCGGCAAAAUAAACUAUAGCACUUAAUUUCAAAGACUGUGUGUCGGUAAGUGGCCAGUCUUGUUUCUUUGAUUCGAGCAGAACUACUGUCUGCACAGUGGUAGAAGCUAGCAGUGGUAGCAUCCAUUUUGUUCAAUGAGUCCACCAGCUAGUUAGCUAAGCUAGCUAACGAAGCCCCUCAAUUUAAUUUUUUUUUAGUGUUAUUUUUCUCACAGACGGCUUCUGUCUUCAAUCAGGCUAACACUGACACUGACACUGAUGUUCUCUGUCCGUGUUCUAAAUUCAGUUUCUAUCAGCUCUUCAGAUUGCUAGUAAAAUGGAAACACUUGACGUUUUAACAGGGAAAUCAUUUUAACGACUGGGCAAUGAAGUGUUUUCUUCACCCAAUGCAGUAGCAGAAUUCAGGGCUCAAAAUACUUCUGUGUACAUGCACUGGUGCAUGUAACUUUUAAAAAUACAUGCACCAUUUUUUUUUUUUUCCGUAAAGUUUUUUUUUUUUUUUUUUUUUUACCUGCACCAAGGUUUUAUUUUACUUCACUAUUUGGUGUCAGGACAUUUUCAGUAUGUCAGAAUACCAUUUGAGCUUUAUGGUCAACCUAAGUUUAUAUUAAUACUAAUAUGAAAACUUUAAAAAAAAAUCAUAUUAGGACUUCUUCACAGAUGUCACGGUGGUGUCUAAUAAAUUAUCGCUGUGAUGCUGACGCUCUAAGCACCAGUACUGUAACAGAACGAAAAGACAUCAGAGCCCAAACAGGCCAGCUUGAUCGGGUUAUACAUGGUGCAGCUUUUGCACUGUGCCACUCCGUCAUGUCCAUCUGUGCACUGUCAGCACGAGUAUAAAAAAGCCUUCAGCGCCCUUUAUUCAAUCCGCAAUGUCAUCAAUUAUCAAUUUGUUUUUCAUUGUGUAGAAAAAUGGCCCUGUGGCAUCAGAGCAGGUGAAAAGUUUUAAAAGCAUGAGGUUCAUGGUCAAUGCAUGAGACUACGGUCUGUACCAAGCUACGUGCACUGGCGCAUGUAAAGCUGACCAUUACUUGCACAGCUCGACUUUUAUGUGCACUUACAUGCAUAUGCAAGUGGUAUUUCGAGCUCUGAGAAUGUGUAAUAGUUGGACCCUUUUCUGAGAGACCAAUGAGAGAUAGCCUUUAUGGGAAAAACAAAUCGUUUGACCAAUGCUAGUUUAGCACAAGCUAGCUUAAAAAGGGGACAGACUUCACUUCACAAGCUCCUCUUCUAAAGUCAAGACAAUUUAGGACAAACCACGGCAAUAUAAACUCUAAAUCUGCUCACCUUUACUAAUGUUAAUACAAACAGUCCUUUUAGAUGAUUCUGUAGCCAUGACCAUGUUUCACCUCUCCAGUGGAUGUCCUUGAUGGAGCUCUACACAGUUGAGAGUUUGGUGGUGUAACUGCACAGCCUCUGCACAUCUUCUGUCAUUUGUUUAUGUGAAUCUAUGUCACUGUUACCCUCUGCAUUGUUACAGUCCCCCCGUCCAUAUGUGCACAGUGGUUGGUGAUGUUUAUUCCAGCCCGACUGUCAGAUGGAUGUGUUCUGGUUCAGACCUGCACGUCAGAGCGAUGUGAUGAUGAACAGCCCAGUGAUGAUGAAAGGCUUAGGCCAGGACUAUGAAACUACCUACGAUUAGAUUCAGAGAUGUUAGCUCAAGUUAACACUUGGAAAACAGCAUUUUUGUUAAUCCUAUAAAAACAUGGAUCAAUUAUCACUUUGGUGGAACAGUUGAAAUUGGAUGUAGAGAUAUAUUUUAAUGAGUUUUUAAUGUCUGGGAUAAAUUUUUACUGCCACUCACGAUUUGAUUUUAGCAAUGUUUUUGUCAUGCAUCUCCUUUUGCUGCCAAGCUGAAGUUAAAGGAAAAAAAAAGCUCCUGUCUCUUGCUCUUUUGCAGAUGCAUCCACACACCUUUGUAUUUGGACUGCAGAUUCUUUCUUGAAAUCUAAAAGAUUUAAAUUUGAAGUCAUUCUUUUUCUGACGUCUCAAUUGAGUUCUGUUUUCUUUCUAUUGCAGUUUUAAAAAAUAAACAAAUGUAUUGACUAUGGAAUAAAUGACACGAUAUUUGCUAGGUUUGAAGUAAUAAUGACUUAUUGUACAUAAGCAUUUUCUCCUCCCUUGUACUGAAAAAAGAAAUUAAAUGGUUGUAUAUUGUGUAGAAAAGCAAACAAAAAGCCAUGAAUAUUGUGAAGCUUGUCAUUUCGUUUUGUGAUCACUGUGUAUUAUUGUGUAACAAAUGUGCAAAAUGUUUGGGAUUCUUUUUUUUCCCCCCUCCCUCCUCUGCUUCUUGAAGCGGUCUCCCUGGAUGCAUUCGCUUUGGUUGGGGACUAGUUAAGAGUUUGCAGGAAGGUGCUCAUUGGUUCAGACACACAGGGUCUGCAGUCUGGUUCACAUUACACAUCUGAACAUUUCUUUUGUUUUCUCUCAGAGCAUUGAAACUUGAAGUAACUUUGUUUCCUUUCCUGAUCUUGCUCUAGAUAAAAGCACUUUGAAUGUUUCACAUUGUGUGUCAGAUUACAUGGAGAGAAUUGAGGGACCCUCCUGAACUAAUGGUUUGAUCCAGGGUCAGACUGAUGUGCCAGUUUGGCCUCUCACCAAAGGACCAGACUGGUGUUUUUGCACGUUCAUACACAUCAUGUCUAUCCUACAUUAUUGCUGAUUGUAUGUCCACACAUUCAGGCACAUUGGCUUUCUAUGAACCAUUGAGUUGUGAAAUUUGCUGGACUGGAGAGUUGGUGCUGACACAUUUGUGCUACUCACAGUGUUGAAAGAAGACAUUUAAAAACAUGGUGUCUAGUGUCCCUGUUGCUCUGACGAACACACUGAAGACUGUUCUCAUUCAGACUUUUCUCAGAAAGGAGUUCCAGCUGUUUACAGUGACGAAGGGUAACAGGGACAUUCAUUGUGAAUGGUAAAUUGUUGAUAUGAUCCUAAUGUGCAUUUCAAGUGGGUUCCAGCUUUUCACCAUGGUUUACAUCAUUUCUUGGAACUUUUGACAUAAAAAGUCAAUUUUAUACAGAAGUUUGGCUCUAGAUGUUCCAUCCAGGUAUUCACUAUUACAUCAGUGGAACCCUGGUUUUUGUUAAAUGGCCACGUCUGCUGCUUGACCUCAGAAGAACUGACCCUGAAUCAGUGAUCACUUUUCCUGCCAACACCAGCAUACAACACGUAUGGUCCUCUACUGUUUGGCUUUAUCUUCUAUUAGUUGUCGUUGCUAAUGCAGGGAAACGUUUAAUUUUCAAAAUUAGUUUGAUCAAUUUUCAGUUGACUUUUUGUAUAAUGUUGACAAUGUUGAAAUAAACAUUUGGGGACGCGGAAACAGACAAAAUCGACCGGAAACUAAUCUAAAAGUCCUUUUUUUUGUUUUUGCUUACAUCAAUCCUGACCUUUUGCACAUACUUGAUAUUUAACGGUCUUCAAAAAAGUAAAAGAAAAUAAUGCUGUUUGAAUACUGCCAGUUGAUUGACAAUUAUGCAUUGAUUGAAAAAAUAAGCUAAUUUUGGAGGAAAUAACUUUGUAAUAUUUAUCUCUUGCAAGCUAUGUUUAAUAAAGGUUGAAACAA